AUGGCGACCAACAUCGGGAUGAUGGACUCCGCUUAUUUUGUCGGCCGAUCGGAAAUCCUUUCAUGGAUCAACUCCACCCUCCAUCUCAACCUUUCCAAGGUCGAAGAGGCUUGUACCGGUGCCGUCCAGUGCCAGCUUAUGGAUGCGCUUCACCCGGGAAUGGUGCCGAUGCACAAGGUCAAUUUCGAUGCAAAGAACGAGUACGAGAUGAUCCAGAACUACAAGGUGCUUCAGGAUGUUUUCAACAAAUUGAAGAUCAACAAGCAUAUCGAGGUCAAUAAAUUGAUCAAAGGAAGACCACUGGACAAUUUGGAAUUUAUGCAAUGGAUGAAGCGUUACUGUGACUCGAAUAACGGAGGGCACAUGAACAGUUACAACCCUCUGGAAAGGAGAGAAGCAUCCAAGGGCGGGAAAGAGGUGAGCAAGAAAUCCACAGCGUCACAAGCUUCUGCUAGAAAUACCGUAUCUGGACCCAAACACGCCUCUCAAAACAGUCGAAGGACAGAGGCAUCUCAUGCCAGCACAGGGGGUCAAUCUGUUAAAGCUGCCAGACCAUCUUCAAGUAGCGGUCCACCUCCUCCCUUCUUGCCCGAAGCAGAACGAACAAUGUUUGAGGAACAGAUUACAGAAUUAAAACUAUCGGUCGAUAGUCUGGAGAAGGAGAGGGAUUUCUACUUUGCAAAACUGAGGGAUAUAGAGAUCAUGUGCCAGAACCCUGAUUUCGAAAAAAUGCCUGUGGUUGAAGUAAUAAAGAGGAUAUUAUACGCUGCAGAUGAUGCAUCGGUGGUUGCAGAAGAUCAGGCUUAUUUGGCAUCAUCAGAGCAUAUCUUGUCUGAGGAAACAGAGGAAAAAAUGAAGGGUGAUACUCAAAAGAGGAAAACUAUUAAUAAUACUGAUGUUGAUGCUGCAGCUAGCAAUACCUUAUCUCCUAGGCAAAGGCUGGCCGAGUCCUCUGAUGUGCAUUGCAGUGGAUCGCCUCUGAUUACUUACUGA